GCGAGCCUUUGGAGAGAAGCAAUGAAUGCUAAAGCAUAUGUUGGGGAGUUGUUAAACAUUCUGGGCUUUUCGCAGCACCAGUGCAACCUGCGGAGUGAGGCCGGGAUGGGACUCUGUGGAGGACCUGCCUCCAAGGCUCCCAUGUUUUGAAGCGGGAGAUCUCGGAAGUUCUGGCAGGGUUGUUGGCUCUGCCAGAAAGGCGUCUGGCUGCCAGCCAGCCCCCACCCACGUGGGGCCCAUUCCAGAAAUCCGCCAAGUGCCUGUUCUCCCGCAGGUGACAGCUCGUCUCACAUUGGUCCGUGUCUUCGAUUUCGUGGCAUGGCAACGUUCCCAAGUGAUUACUGGACACUUGGUUUUUAUGACAGAACUAACAAUACAAUUUCAAAAAAUUAUUUAAAAACAGAAUCAGGGACGUAGCCACCACGUUUGAUAUUCAAGCUCUCCACAUUUUACUGAUUCCCAAGAAACAUGAGUUGGAAAAUCAGGCCCCGAAAUACGAGAUCACUUCGACCACUUGCUUUUCAUUAACAUUCAUUAGAAAAGAAAAAUUAAAACACAACUUCCCUCGAUCUAAACUCAAGACCAGACCAGGGCGUUUUGUUGUAGUUGUUUUCCUUUUGAGUUGAGACAAGAGGCACGAAAGGUGAGGACUGGCAUUACUUCAGCCCCUCAAAUUGCGGCGCUCAGAGCAGAGCAGGGCUGAGGUAACAGGGGUCGCGGCAGCCUUUUUUCCUUUUCUCCCUCUCCCUCUUGGGGACAGGGAUCCUAGCGGCCUUCGAGCCCGGAGGGGCGGCUGGGCAGCUGGAAGCCAUGUCCGCGGGGAGACCCCGCCGGCCACGGGCAGCGGCGUGCGCGGCCGCCCCGAUCCCACAGUGCACCGCGCCGGCCCCCUCCCCGCGGCCCGCCUCCCCUCGGCCCCGGCCCCCUCCCGACCGCGGGAGGCGGGGACGCCGCGGCGGCUUCUCCAGUCGCGUCUUCCUCACUCACUGGGGAGCCCGGCGGUGGCGGCAGCUUUCGAGGCUUGAGCCGCCGAGCCGCGAGCCCGCCAGGCGAGACUGACGGACGGCCGAGCCGACGGACGGACAGCGCGCGCGAGCCGGUGGAGCCAGAGUCUCCCCUCAAGUUCCGCCAUGAGCUGGGGCACGGAGCUCUGGGAUCAGUUCGACAGCUUAGACAAGCAUACACAAUGGGGAAUCGACUUCUUGGAAAGAUAUGCCAAAUUUGUUAAAGAGAGAAUAGAGAUUGAACAGAACUAUGCGAAACAGUUGAGAAAUUUGGUUAAGAAGUACUGUCCCAAACGUUCAUCCAAAGAUGAAGAACCAAGGUUUACCUCGUGUAUAGCCUUUUUUAACAUCCUUAAUGAGUUAAAUGACUAUGCAGGACAACGAGAAGUAGUAGCAGAAGAAAUGGCACACAGAGUAUAUGGUGAAUUAAUGAGAUAUGCUCAUGAUCUGAAAACUGAAAGAAAAAUGCAUCUCCAGGAAGGACGCAAAGCACAGCAGUACCUUGACAUGUGUUGGAAACAGAUGGAUAAUAGUAAAAAGAAAUUUGAAAGGGAAUGUAGAGAGGCAGAAAAGGCACAACAGAGUUAUGAGAGAUUGGAUAAUGAUACCAACGCAACCAAGGCAGAUGUUGAAAAGGCCAAACAGCAGUUGAAUCUGCGUACACACAUGGCUGACGAAAAUAAAAAUGAAUAUGCUGCACAAUUACAAAACUUUAAUGGAGAGCAACACAAACAUUUCUACGUAGUGAUUCCUCAGAUUUACAAGCAACUACAAGAAAUGGAUGAACGAAGAACUAUUAAACUCAGUGAGUGUUACAGAGGAUUUGCAGACUCAGAGCGCAAAGUUAUACCUAUCAUUUCAAAGUGUUUGGAAGGAAUGAUUCUUGCUGCAAAAUCAGUUGACGAAAGGAGAGACUCUCAAAUGGUGGUAGACUCCUUCAAGUCUGGCUUUGAACCUCCAGGAGAUUUUCCAUUUGAAGAUUACAGUCAGCAUAUUUAUAGAACCAUUUCUGAUGGGACUAUCAGUGCAUCCAGACAGGAAAGUGGGAAGAUGGAUGCCAAAACCACAGUGGGAAAAUCCAAAGGCAAAUUGUGGCUCUUUGGAAAAAAGCCCAAGGGCCCAGCACUAGAAGAUUUCAGUCAUCUGCCACCAGAACAGAGACGUAAAAAACUGCAGCAGCGCAUUGAUGAACUGAACAGAGAACUGCAGAAAGAAUCAGACCAAAAAGAUGCACUCAACAAAAUGAAAGAUGUAUAUGAGAAAAAUCCACAAAUGGGAGACCCAGGAAGUUUGCAGCCUAAAUUAGCAGAAACUGUGAAUAACAUUGACCGCCUGCGAAUGGAAAUUCACAAGAAUGAGGCUUGGCUGUCUGAAGUUGAAGGUAAAACAGGUGGAAGAGGAGACAGAAGACACAGUAGUGACAUAAAUCAUCUUGUAACACAAGGACGAGAAAGUCCUGAAGGAAGUUACACUGAUGAUGCAAACCAAGAAGUCCGUGGACCACCCCAGCAACAUGGUCACCACAGCGAGUUUGAUGAUGAAUUUGAGGAUGAUGAUCCCUUGCCUGCUAUUGGGCACUGCAAAGCUAUCUACCCUUUUGAUGGGCAUAAUGAAGGCACUCUGGCGAUGAAAGAAGGCGAAGUUCUGUACAUCAUCGAGGAGGACAAAGGUGACGGCUGGACAAGAGCCAGGAGACAGAACGGUGAAGAAGGCUACGUUCCCACGUCAUACAUAGAUGUAACUCUAGAGAAAAACAGUAAAGGUUCCUGAAGAGGGUUUCUGAGGAAAUGGGCGAGAUGUUGAAGGAGGUUACAUGCAGCUGCUUGGGGGGAGGGUAGUAGAGUGGUCAGGCUCAGAGGAAGAGUGGGAGAAGCAAGUUGCAUGAGUGCAUGCAGACAUGAUUAUUUUUUACUAACUUCAUUAGCAUUUCCAUACAUUGUUUAAAAAAAUCAUUAUAAUAACCAGUCCUUAAGUUCCUAAUUCACAGUUAUUCACACAGAAGGAAAAUGCCAAUGGUGGCUGCCCCUUUCCCAUUUAUUUUACUUACGUCCAAAUCAGAAGGAAUACAGAGCUGCCAUAAAGUUUGGUUUACUCUAGCUGUUGUGCAGGACCUGUUCCAUCCCAGUUCUGUUCUAAUUGACUUUUAUGUGUGUCAGUGUCUGCCUGCGCUACUCCGUGCUUGCUUAACAUCCUGUUGCAUGUCUAUAGUGAUUGGCUCCAGUUUUCAGGCAUGUCUUUAUAAUCCCUCGUUCUUGUCAAAGCGUUUGUUUUGUUUUACAUUUGUGGUUCAAAUCGCCUUGUCAGACAUCUCUAGCACUAAUGAUUCCAUCCUAGUUUUUGUGUGUAUGCUGCUAUAACUUCCCCACUGCAAACAUUCCAAUUCUGGUAUUAUGAAGAAGUAGUUGUGAACUUGAAGUUUUUAUGACAAGAAAAAGAAAACAUCUCUGCUCUAGCCUACAGCCCAAUUGAAGGAACUCUUUGAAACCUAAUACAUCUUCAGCCCCUCAGCCUGGGAGGACUGGUAGUCAGCAGUGAACUCCUGGCAUAGUAAACAGUGAAGAUCCUCACCACUUCACGAUAAAGGACUGUUGUCAAAGGUCAGCUGCUUCCAUUCGAAUGCUGCCUUAAACUCGAGUGCCUCAAUCUGUUCGUUGCCAACACCACCACUACAGUAUCCCACAAAGGGCUUUAAGUGUCAGCUCAGUGUGACCUCCUUUCACAGCAGCUGUGCCCUGCUGCAGCUGCCUACAAUGUAGCCUCGGUAGGUGGCUCUUAGUGCCCCACCGUGCACCAUGGUGCAGCUCCACAUUGGUGUGUCAAACUAAAGACAAGUCCCAGUCCAUUUUUCUUGGUGUUUUUAUGACAAGUUUUAUGGACUUCCUGCCAUUGUCUUUUAAUUUGGGGUUAUUAUGACAUCAUUUGAUUAUUACAAUGAUAGUCUGUUUCCAAGUGAUACUUUUGUUCAACACAAACCAGAUAAAUUUAGUGAAACUUUGUAAUGAUCUCUGUGCACUUUUACUUGUAAACUGGGAGUUUCUGGAUGUUCAUAUUUGUAAAUAUAAUUGUUCUUAGUGCCCUUCUUGCUCAUGUUGUCCUGCCUCACAUCCGUGGUUCUGUUAAGGACUUAUAUCUUAACUGAUUUCUUAGUGCUGUUGUAAUAGGAAGAUGGGUAGGGAUGGGAGGGGGGUAUUUGUACCACUGAAGCAUCAUUAAUUUGAUUCUUUGCUGUCUGAGGGGAGAAAAUGUAAAAUGGUCUGUGUAUUACUGGAUUUUAAGCAAUAUUUUAGACGCUGUGUGACUGCUUUAAUAAUUUUCCUCCCAGUGUUAUUUGAAUCAUGCUACCAGCUCUACUAAAGCUGAAUGACAAUUGUGUGGAAGUUAAUGCCUUUGUAAGAUCAGAUCCGCCACUGUUACACAGCUGACAUGCAGUGUGUUACCUUUGAGGCUAGUGAACUAUGAAGUUUAGAUACUGAAUCUUGUUACAGGGUUAUUUAUAUAAUAUGACAUUUUAUUCGAUACUGACAGACUACAUGUAGUAGUUUUAAAAUCUAGUGCUAUUUUUAUUUUAAAGCUUAGCAAUGAGGAGGAAAUGUGAUCUGGCUGUGUUUGUCUUCUGUGCAAAGCCUCAAGUGCUUAUGUUUUUUGGCUAAUAGCCACAGAGGGCAAAGUUUAAGGCUUUCUUGUAAGGACUAACUGUUCUUUUCAAGCUACUGUUUGUUUUUCUAAAAGCAGGAUUUGCUUCCGUAGGAGGCAAGUUCCUUUACAUGGAAUAGUGCAACCUGUAAAUGGGUGAUUACAAUAGCAAAGACAUUUGUACUUGUACAGUUUAAAUCAUUCCUAAAUCAUUCUUAAAUUUUGAACAUGUGGUCGUCCAGAAGAAAUCUUUAAUUUUUCAGUAAUUUUUACUCUUUGUGCACAUGUUGAUUUCUUAAUGGUAAAUGCUUUGUUUAAGGUAGUGUUCUCUGUUGAGAAUAUUUUCAUGGAAUAAAACAAACUUUUCAUGGUCAGUU